ACCUACUCUCUCUCUCUCUCUCUCUCUCUCUCUCUCUCUCUCUCUCUCUCUCUCUGCGUUUAGGUUUCUCCCGGAGCUAAGAUAAAGCUGCCGGAAAAACAUCGACGGGAAUUUCGUUUGAUCCUAGCCAUCAAGUCGAGGUCAAUGAGAAGAUGCUCGCGGGGUUUUACGUUGUAGGGAUCCAUACCCAGCACUCGUUUUCUCAUUACCGCCGCCUUUUCUCGCCGCCAUGUCCAGAUUUCUGAUCUUUCGAGUCGUUAGCCGAUACACAACUUCGCUUUUCUCCGACCAGAAAAACAGAAUUCCGGAUUCAAGAAGUUACAAAACACUAGUUAGGGUCGCUCUAAGGUUGCCCCAAUUCAGAAUUAACGGCCAUCGUCCAUUCUCCUACCGUGAUGGUCAAGGAAAUUUUUCUCGGAAUCUACUCUCACGAAGUUAUUCACUUGCCUCUGCGAGCAAUGUAGUUACGCAUCACGCCAAUGUUGUCUGGAAAAGGCUUCAUUGUAAAUAUUCUACCGGCUACUGGAGUUGGCCUCGUAUCAGCACCAUCGCCCAAGCUGUAAGCUUGUCGCUGACCCGUUCGCAUUUGUUAGUUCCCGGCAUCUUUGCUGUGACUUGUGGGCAAGUAGCAUGGGCGGAAAGAGCUUCCAGUCCAGUGAUAGAUCACUUCCCUUCGCAGAAUUCUUUGUACAUGACCGCAAAGAAUGGCCCUAUAUAUCUGUCUUCUCUAGUGCUCUCGUUGAUAGAAGGUGUUGUUCUGAUUGUGAGGGCGCUCUAUUUAGCUGUCUUGUUUUCUCCGAGCCUUAUGCUUGCACCCUUUGCGGAUAUAUGCGGGCCACGUUUCAGGAGACUCUGGCUUGAGAUUGUACACCGUACUCUGGAAAGGGCAGGUCCUGCUUUCAUCAAAUGGGGUCAAUGGGCAGCCACCCGGCCAGAUCUCUUCCCGAGGGAUUUGUGUUUGCAGCUCUCAAAGCUUCACAGUAAAGCUCCAGAGCACAGCUUUGCCCACACGAAGAAAACCAUCGAAAGGGCAUUUGGCCGUAAACUUUCCGAGAUAUUUGAGGAUUUUGAAGAGGCACCAGUGGCAUCCGGAAGUAUUGCCCAAGUUCAUCGAGCUUCCUUGAGGUAUAACUAUCCAGGACAAAAGACGAAACCCACGGUGGUUGCCGUCAAAGUUAGACAUCCGGGUGUUGGUGAAUCGAUCAGGAGAGACUUUGCGAUAAUCAAUCUGGUGGCUAAGAUAUCUAAUCUAAUCCCAGCUUUGAAGUGGUUGAGAUUAGAUGAGAGUGUUCAACAGUUUGCCGUUUUCAUGUUGUACCAAGUUGAUCUCGCGAGGGAAGCUUCCCAUCUGAGUCGGUUUAUAUAUAACUUCCGUAGAUGGAAAGAUGUCUCUUUUCCAAAGCCCGUAUAUCCUCUGGUACAUCCCGCUGUUCUGGUUGAGACUUAUGAGCAAGGAGAAAGCGUGUCACGUUACGUUGAUGACAUGGAAGAAGGUCAUGAACAGAUCAAGGCUAGACUUGCUCAUAUUGGGACUCAUGCCCUUCUGAAGAUGCUCCUGGUGGACAACUUUAUUCACGCUGAUAUGCACCCGGGAAAUAUACUUGUGCGGAAGAAGAAUUCUCGUGGAGGCCUUUUCAAAUCAAAGAAGCCCCACAUCGUUUUCCUUGAUGUGGGAAUGACAGCUGAACUCUCGAAGAAUGACCGAGAAAACUUGCUUGAGUUUUUCAAGGCGGUUGCUCGCAGGGAUGGUCGGACUGCUGCUGAAUGCACUCUCAGACUAUCAAAACAACAGUCUUGUCCGAAUCCACAAGCCUUCAUUGAGGAAGUAGAGGAGGCAUUCAAAUUCUGGGGAACAGCAGAGGGAGAUUUAGUCCAUCCAGCUGAUUGCAUGCAUGAAUUGCUCGAGAAAGUAAGACGAUACAGAGUUAACAUUGACGGCAACGUUUGCACAGUAAUGGUCACGACAUUAGUUCUCGAGGGAUGGCAGCGAAAACUCGAUCCCGGAUACGAUGUGAUGCACACUCUGCAAACAAUGGUGCUUAAAACCGACUGGGCAAAGUCUCUUUCUUACACGAUCGAUGGUCUGAUGGCACCAUAGAAGACGAAAGAAAGAAAGCUCCCAUCUCUUUUUUUCCUGUCACCAUUGCUUUGGAGAUAAUCCAGAUUUUGUUUUGUUCAAAAGAGGGAAAAACAGAAAACAAAGGGAAACACAACAACUUGUUUGUUUUUUUUUUUUUUUGUCUGAAAAUUUUCAGUUCAAUUUUCUAACUAUAGAGUUUGUGUUCUCUGUUGCCUAAAAGACAAAACCGGUGAAAAGACCUUUGAGAAAAUGGUUUCUUUGGCACAGAGGGAAUGAAUGAAUCAAUAAAAAGUUCAUAUUUUUUCU